AUGCUGCCCCUGCUGCUUCUGUCCCUGCUGUGGGGGGGGUCCCUGCAGGAGAAGCAAGGGUACAAGUUGCAAUUGAAGGAGUGGGUGACGGUGCAGGAGGGCCUGUGCGUCCUCGUGCCCUGCUCCUUCUCCUACCCCGGGAAGCCGUGGUAUUCCCCUCACCAACUCUAUAUCUACUGGUUCCGGCAAGAGGACCACAUAUACUAUGACAAUCCUGUGGCCACCAACAACCCAAACAAAGCAGUGAAGACAGACACCCAGGGACGAUUCCACCUCCUGGGAAACAUCAGGACCAAAAACUGCUCCCUGAGCAUCCAAGAUGCCAGGAUGGAGGACACCGGAUACUACUUCUUAUUAGUAGAGACAGAACAGAGUGGAAUAUAUAAAUAUGAAGACAAGAGGCUGAGUUUACAGGUGACAGCCCUGACAGAGAAACCCAACAUCCACUUCCUGGAGCCUCUGGAGUCCGGCCACCCCGUGAACCUGAGUUGCAGCCUGCCAGGUUCCUGUGAAGGGGGACGACCUCUCAUAUUCUCCUGGAAGGGGGAUGCCCUUACUUCACUGGGCCCCAGGAUCCUCUGCUCCUCUGUACUCACCUUCACUCUGAGACCCCAGGACCAUGGCACCAGCAUUGCCUGUCAGGUGAAACGCCAAGGAGCUCAAGUGACCACAGAGAGAACAGUUCAGCUGAAUGUCUCCUAUCCUCUGCAGAACCUCACCAUCAGCAUCUUCUCCAGAAAUGGCACAGCCCCCAAAAUUCUUCAAAACACCUCAUCCCUCCCCAUCCUGGAGGGCCAGGCUCUGCAGCUGCUCUGUGCUGCUGACAGCAACCCCCCUGCAGAACUGAGCUGGUUCCAAGGGUCUCUGGUUCUGAAUGCCACCCCCAUCUCCAAUACUGGGACCCUGUAUCUGCCUCGAGUAGGGACCACAGAAGAUGGAGACUUCACCUGCCAAGCUCGGAACUCACUAGGCCACCAAAGUGUCUCUCUGAGCCUCUCUGUGCUCUACCCCCCACAGCUGCUGGGCCCCUCCUGCUCCUGGGAGGCUGAGGGUCUACACUGCGGCUGCUCCUCCCGAGCCCAGCCACCCCCCUCCCUGCGCUGGCAGCUUGGGGAGGGGCUGCUGGAGGGGAACAGCAGCAACUCCUCCUUCACGGUCACCUCCAGCUCAGCUGGGCCCUGGGCCAACAGCUCCCUGAGCCUCCACAGGGGGCUCAGCUCUGGCCUCAGGCUCAGCUGCGAGGCCUGGAAUGUCCACGGGGCCCAGAGGGUCACGGUCCUGCUGCUGCCAGGUCAGGGGGCCUGCUUAUUGGGGGCAGGAGUGGUUCCUGCAGCCCUUGGAGGUGCUGGUGCCAUGGCCCUGUUCUCUCUCUGUGUGUGCCUCAUCUUCUUUUGCGUAGUGAAGGUCCACAGGAAACAAGCAGCCAGGAGACAAGAGGGCAUGGAUGAUGAAGACCCUGUCAUGGGUUCAGUUGCCUGGGGUUCCAGGGAAAAGCCCUGGCCAGACAGCACCCCAAACCAAGGGUCCCCCACUGGGAAAGCCCCUCCCUCAGAGGAACAACAGGAGCUCCAUUACGCCUCCCUCAGCUUUCACGAGAUGGAGACAAGGAAGCCUCAGGACCAGGAGGUUACAAGCACCACGGAAUAUUCAGAGAUCAAGACAAGCAAGUGA